GAUGCAGUGACUUAUGAUGAUGUGCAUGUGAACUUCACUGGGGAAGAGUGGAAUUUGCUGGAUCCUUCCCAGAAGAGUCUCUACAAAGAUGUGAUGNUGGAGACCUAUUGGAACCUCACUGCUAUAGGGUACAAUUGGGAAGACCAUCAUAUUGAAGAACAAUAUCAAAGUUCUAGAAGACAUGAGAGGCCUGAAAGAAGUCAUAGAGGAGAGAAACCCUAUGAAUGUAAACAAUCAGAAUGUAAUCAAAGAAUACAUACUGGAGAGAAACCUUAUGAAUGUCGUCUAUAUGGUAAAGCCUUUGCAAUACCCAGUCAUCUCCAAAGUCAUAAAAGAAUACAUACUGGAGAGAGACCUUAUGUAUGUAAUCAGUGUGGUAAAGCCUUUUCAAGUCAUAGUGGUCUCCAUAGACAUAAGAUAAUACAUACUGGAGAGAAACCCUAUGAAUGUAAUCAAUGUGGUAAAGCCUUUUCAUGUCCCAGCCGGGGCCUACUGCGCAGUGUGAAGGAAAAGACAUGA